AGCUACAUUUGGCUGUCUUAAGGGGAAAAAAGGUCUCCUCUCUUUCUCCCAUGCUUUGCCCAUAAUCAAACAGAGAGAGAAAAGAGAGAGAAAAGAGAGAGAGAAGUAGAGAAAGGGGCUUUAGAUUGAAGAGUGAGAGGUUGAAGAAGGGUUUCGAGAAAAAAAGGAGAGAUGGUGAGAAACGGUGGUUUUGGUCAGAUCAUGGAAGAAGGUGACAGUCCUGGAUUCUUCAAGAUCCUUAGAAGGGAAGAUCUAUCUUCUCAACUCAUAAGAAUGAUUCCUCAUGACAUCAUAAGAAGCAUCUCCGACGACUCUUCGUCGUUUAAGAUGGUCUUGAAAGUGCCAUGGGGAAGCUCAUGGACAGUCAAAAUCUCCAAGAACCCAAGUUUUCACUACAUUGAAGAUGAUGGAUGGAACCAGUUUGUGAACGACAACGCUUUGGGUGAAAACGAGUAUCUUACCUUCACUCACGAGGGUAAUAUGCGCUUUAACGUCAACAUCUACGAACCAGAUGGUACGGAGAUGCUUAAACCAAGAGAAUCUGCAACCAUUGCUUCAAGUUCCGGUAUGAACAAGAGAGAACAAAGGGAAGGAGUAUACAAACAUGUGAAGGAGGAGAUAGUGUCUUCCUCUGAGUCUAGCUAUUAUUCUAUCAAAAGAGCUCAAGGGAAGAAACAGGAGCUUAACUUGGGAAAGAAGAAAGCUGAAGAAUCCAAAAAAAACAAGAAGAGUAUGAAGAAAAAGAAGGUGGUGGAUAGUGAUUUAGAAGAAGGCACCUCAUCACUUGUUCCAGAGUUCAGUAUCACCAUAAGGAAAUCACACCUCGUUUUCUUGGGAGUUCCAAAGGUGUUUGUGGAGAUGCAUAUGCCAAAGAAGACAAAGUGGUUCAAGAUUCGUCCGGAAGGGAAAGAUUCAUGGGAUGUUUUGUUUUUGGUCACUGAUACACAGUCAAGAUUCUCUGCUGGAUGGUCUCGUUUGUCCAGAGAGUUAGGUUUAGUGAUUGGAGACGUCUGCACGUUCAAGCUCAUUAAACCUACCGAGAUGCUUGUCAAAGUCUCAAGACAUGAUGAUGAUGAAGAUGAUAUUGAGGAAGAUGAUGAUAAUGAUGAAGAAGAAGCAGAAGAUGCUGAUGAGGAUGAUUCUGAUGAUGAAGAUGCUGAAGAUGAUGAUGAUGAUGCUGAUGAAAGUGAGGAUUAGUUGGAGAACAAGUGAGAACUUGUGUUAUUGGUGUUGUGGUUUAAUGUUAGGACCUGUUUUGUAAUGUCUUCUUUCUAUCUACUCUGUUUAGUGUGAUUUGGUAUCCAUGGAUGAAUCUUAUCUCAGGUUGAGUACA